UCGCUCUACACGUCAAAACAAAAGUCACAUAACCUCAAAUUCAGUGUUUUGUUAUUGUUCUUCCUGUUUGUGUAAAAUGUCCUCCUCCCAGGAUUCCUGCUACAUCUCCCUGUUGGGACUCGCUGAGCACUUUCGUACGUCCAAUCCACCUGAGAUAAAGAAGAGUAUUCAGUGUCUCCAGGCACUGAAUUCGCUCAAUCCACCACAGAAAGUUGAAGCUCGCACCAAUCUGCAGAUUGGGCAGCUUUUGAUGGCCUACACGAGCAACUACGACCUGGCCAGGGUGCAUCUUGAGCAGGCGUGGACACUGGCGGAGAAUAUUUUGGCAUUUGAUGAUGUAAAAUUUGUUACUGCGAGUCUUCUGGCCCAGCUCUAUCAGCAGCAGGAUAUCAGUUCCCUUCCAAAGUCCAACAAAGUCCUCAGGAAGGCCAUUGAACUCUCCCAGUCAAAUGUUUAUUGGCAUUGUCGGCUGCUUCUGCAAUUAGCACAACUCCAUGCCACAAAUAAACAGUACGGAUUGGCAGCUGAGCUUCUGUCCGUGGGAAUUGAUGUUAGUGAAGAGUACAAUGCGACUUUCAUGAAGAUUCUCUUCAUGUUGAGCAAGGCAAUGGUUUUGAUUGUUAUCCGGAAGACAAAUGAAGUCUCCGGCAUUUUGAAUCAAGCUGGAGCAAUUAUUGAGACACACCUGCACAAUCCGCAUCAGAAAGAGUACCUCAAAGUAUUCUAUCUGGUGCUGCAGGUGUGCUACUACCUCGUGAUUGGGCAGGUGAAAACCGUUAAGCCCUACCUUAAACUCCUUCAGCAGAGCAUUCAGGUCAUUAUGGCGCCAAAUUUUCCCUCGGACGAAGCUGUUGCCAAUUCCGGAAACUCCAUGGAGAACAUCAUGUGGUUGCCGAAGGAGCAACUCUAUGUCCUUGUCUACCUCGUGACUGUUUCCCAUUCAAUGAUGGCCGGGUAUAUGGACAAAGCCCAAAAGUACACAGAAAAAGCUCUGUCCCAGAUUGACAAGUUGAAGCAGGCGAAAAAUCAGCCGAUCCUGUACGUGUUCCAGAUCAUUCUCAUGGAGAAUAUCAUAAUGUGUCGCCUGGUGAUGGGCAAUAAAUUCAUUGCCAUUCAGGAAAUCUCCUUUGCUCGAGACAUUUGCCUCCAGUCGCCAAAUAGUCGACUGGCAGUUACCCAUUCUGCCCAGCUACAUUGCCUCCUGGGUCUCUACUCCAUGUCCAUUAGUCUCUUCGAGCAUGCUGAACGACAGUUUAUCAGCUGCAUCGAAGAAACCCACGACAAGGAACUCAAACUCUUCGCCAAUCUCAACCUGGCCAUUGUCUAUUUGCGCACGAAGCGGGAACAGCAACUGGGGACUAUCCUGGAGGCUAUUUCUGUGGAAAGUGCUCAAUCCCUGCACAAUCAGGCACUCCUGGGCAGCUUUUACUACAUCCAGGGACUCAAUUCCUUCUACAAGAGCAGCUUCCACGAUGCCAAGCGCUUCUUGCGGGAAACCCUGAAAAUGGCAAAUUCCGAGGAUCUCAAUCGCCUAACAGCCUGCACUUUGGUCCUCCUGAGUCAUGUCUUCCUGAGUAUUGGCAACUCCAAGGAGAGCAUGAAUAUGGUGACUCCGGCAAUGCAAGUUGCAUCCAAAAUUCCCGACAUUCACGUUCAACUCUGGGGCAGUGCAAUUCUAAAAGAUUUGCACAGAAUGUCACGGGAUUCAAUUCUCGAGACGGAAGCCUACAACAAUCAUCUGGCAUUUUCACAAACUCUCCUGGCUGAUCACUACAAGUGCACAAAGUCCACGGAACACAAUCUCAUCAACUGGUUCACAGGGAUUCCGCCACCUUCGACUCCAGGUGCUGGAACUUCCACAGCCAUUCCCGGAAGUGUUAUGGACAUGACUACUAGUUCGUCAAUGUAUUCUCAGUAGAAAAAAAAGAAGAAGAAAAAGAAA